AUAAAUUCAUAUAAAACGUUAUUAAAACAAUAAGAAAUAAUAGAAAUUAAAGAAAACUCAAUGAUAAAUAAUUGAUUGUAACGAAAACAAAAAAUUACGUGACGUUUUCAAAUCUGGUGUUUUCAAGAAAUCUUAUUCAUAGUGUUGUUUUUGUUGUAAAACCAACAAAGCAACUUUGCAAGUGUAUUUAAUUUUUUUUUCUUUGAAGGGAGGUGGCGCAAGAGGAGUUAUAGAAAUAACAAAAAAAUUAACAACAAAAGAAGAGAGAUUUUUUUCAUUCUUAUCAGUUUAUAAUUAAUUGGGAGUAGUGAAGUAAGUAAAAAAUCCCAUUUAGCCAGAAAGCCAGUUAGUUAAUUAAGAGCUGAGCAAGUUGAAAACAAUUAAUUAUCAAGAAAAUUCUCAUGCGGGUGUGCUGUAAAAGAAAAAUAAAUUUUGACGUGUCGCUUAUUGUUUAAAUUGAUAAAAAAAAUAAGAAAAAUAUAACACAAUGUGUGGUUCUACUCCGCCCGUAACAAAAGGCACUCGUGCCCUGAUUCUAGUGGGAGGUUAUGGCACCCGUUUAAGGCCCUUAACAUUGAGUACACCAAAACCUUUGGUGGAGUUUGCCAACAAACCCAUUCUAUUGCAUCAGCUGGAAGCUUUAGUGGCUGCUGGCUGCACACAGGUAAUUUUGGCUGUCUCCUAUCGCGCCGAACAAAUGGAAAAAGAACUUAAAAUCGAGGCUGAAAAACUGGGCGUUGAACUUAUAUUUAGCCAUGAAACAGAACCCUUGGGCACGGCUGGACCUUUGGCCUUAGCCAAACACAUACUAAAUGCCAGCACAGAACCUUUCUAUGUACUCAACUCAGAUGUUAUCUGUGAUUUUCCCUUCAAACAGUUAGAACAGUAUCAUCGUAAUCAUGGCAAAGAGGGCACCAUAGUGGUGACCAAAGUAGAGGAACCCUCAAAGUAUGGUGUUGUUUUAUAUGAUGACCAAGGCUGUAUUAAGAGUUUCAUAGAGAAACCUCAAGAGUUUGUUAGUAAUAAAAUCAAUGCUGGCAUUUAUAUAUUCAAUCCCUCGGUAUUGGAUCGCAUUGAAGUGAAACCUACUUCCAUUGAAAAGGAAAUUUUCCCCGUUAUGGCUGAACAGCAGCAAUUGUUUGUCAUGGAGUUGCCUGGUUUCUGGAUGGAUAUUGGCCAACCUAAAGAUUUUUUAACAGGCAUGUGUCUCUAUCUUUCGUCUUUGCGACAAAAACAAUCAACGAAUCUUUACACCGGUCCAGGCGUUGUUGGCAACGUUAUAGUGGAUCCUAGUGCUAAAAUUGGUCAAGGUUGUCGCAUUGGUCCAAAUGUUACAAUCGGUCCAGAUGUCAUCAUAGAAGAUGGUGUUUGUAUUAAACGUUCAACGAUAUUAAAAGGUGCCAUUGUCAAGUCACAUUCUUGGUUAGAUUCUUGUAUUGUGGGUUGGCGUUCGAUUGUCGGACGUUGGGUGCGUUUAGAGGGUACUACGGUAUUGGGUGAAGAUGUUAUUGUCAAAGAUGAAAUCUAUAUAAAUGGUGGUCAGGUAUUGCCACAUAAAAAUAUCGCUGCCAGUGUACCAGAACCUCAAAUUAUUAUGUAAAUUUUGUAAUAUACUAACAAACAACAAAAACAACAACAAUAUGGAAUACCAUUA